AUGAUCGAUCAGAACGCAAAACAUGGAGCUCCCACAGUUCACCCGCUAGAGCUGGAUACGAAGAGAGAUGUCGCAUCCGGAGCUUACUUGGCUAAAUCAAUGGAUGGUUUUCUAAACCUCUAUCCCGUUUAUCGAUUACAUCCUGAUAAGACUUCCGCACAUGUGACUGGUUGUUACCCCUGUCCAGACGGUGAUGGGGCGUACAAGACGUUGGACAAGACCGAUUCUAGAAAACACAAUUUGGUACCUGUUCGAUCGAGAUUAUCAGGUUUGGGACCAAGGGUUAAGGUCAAAGACAUCUACGAUGUUCAAGGCCUAGUCACAGGAAACGGUAGUAGGAUCUGCACCGAGCAUGGAGAGCCGGCAAAAGCGAAUGCAACGUCCAUUCAGGCGCUCCUGAACUCUGGGGUGCAAAUUGUCGGUAAAACGCAAUGCAAUGAAUUCGCAGGGAGAGGACCAAAUAUCGAAGAGAAUUCUCAAUUUUGUUAUCCAUGGUCUCUUCGAGCCGAUGGGUACCAGUCAGUAGGAGGAUCCUCUAGUGGCGCCGCGUCAGCUCUGAUUGCGGCGGAUUACCUUGAUGCCGCUUUAACAUCGGAUACAUGCGGAUCAACGCUUUAUCCAGCAGGCUGUAGUGGACUGUAUGGAAUGAGGCCAACUCAUGGAGCGGUCUCAAUGCAAGGUGUUCUUUCGUUUUGUCCAGAAUCAGAUACGGUUGGGAUUAUGAGUAGAGAUCCAGCAAUCCUGACAAACCUAGCUCGUAGAUGGUUCUCAAAAUCUCAAAAGACCAAAGUUCACACGAGACUACCGAAGGAGAUCUUCGUACCUUCAGAUGACUUGGAGGAUAUGAAUUCCGAAAUCAAGUCGAGGUACCAGAGGCUCAUUGAACAGGUUUCAAACGCUUUAGAUAUGACUGUGAGAUAUAUCAGCAUGAUCGAAGAGGGACCAAAUGAGAAAAAAGGUAUUAUAACAACCGCAGGAUUUAGCUUGCUGACCUUGGCGGAACAAUGGAGAGAUGUAGGCAAAAAAUUUGUAGAAAGGUACGAAAAGGAUAACGAAGGUAGAUGGCCACCGUUAGGCCGUUAUAUAAGUCACGGAUGGAAACAAGCCAAAGAUAACAAUUGGUCCGUAUACGAUCUGAAUGACUGUACGGACCAAUUAGCCACAACGGGUGAAAUGAUUAAUGACUUGUUUGAACCUGAUGAAGAGUCAAUAAGUAGAUCCAUUUUCCUCAACUUGUGGGAUCCAUCAUGGUUUCCAUACUAUCGGGAAGAGUCCUUAAGUGCAGGUCAUCUAAGCGCUCCUUCUACACAACCGAUCAAUCCCGUUUAUCUUCCUGCAUGGUCCGGAUGCCCCACGAUUGUGGCGCCUUUCGACCAAGUCCCGUUCAACAGUGUGAUCUCGGAAAAAGAAGAAAUGCACCCUCUGGCUGUUAGCAUAAUGGGCCCACAGGGCUCAGAUCUGAUGUUGGCGGAAAUCAUCGAUAAGUUGACAUCGGCCGAUGUCUUGAAAACCGUCAAAACUGGCAGAGAAGCCUAUUGA